AACACGGCGUGUGACGUAAUUAGAAGGCGCCAAAUUUAGACAAGUAGCCUUGAGAUGUAAGCGAGCUGUUGAUAUUCACUUUUAAACGACUCGCCACCGCGACUGGAGCACCUUUGCGAGAAAACUGUAAGUCCAGAUCACAUGGAAAUUCAAGCGGACAUCAUAAAUUUUAAAGUGCCAGUAGAAAACAACAAAACUCUAUUUGUAUGGAACAUCCUCCCCGGUCCCAGUGAAGUGUGGGUAUAUGAGUCUGUGUAUGCAGCAUUUUCUCACUUUGGCGCUCUCUUCUCGGUGCGGAUUUGUCCAAAUGCGGCAGUGGUGCACCCUGGGUAUUAUGCGAUUGUGAAGUUCUACAGCGCUGCCCACGCAGGCAGGGCACAGGAGGCAACAAAUAACACUGGCGUGUUUCAGGAGGCCCCCCUUAAGGUUCGUCUCUGCACCCAACAGAACCCUGGCUUUCUACAAAAUGUACGGCCACUCAGCAGCACGAAAUGCUACGACUUGGCGAAUUAUUAUCUUGGGUUUAACGGCUGGUCCUUGCAUAUUGUCACGAUGAAGGACAUUUCCCAGUUGGAUGAGAAGGAGAAUUUGUCUUUACUUGAAGAAGUUCAGACCCCGACCCUGAAAUAUGGCUGUAUCGUUGAGUUGAUUUUCACUGAAUAUCAGGUCAGGUGUCGAGGAUACGGAGUUGCCCAGGAGUUUGUGGAAAAGGAUGCCGAUCCUCUUGAAAAGAUCACCAAAAGAGCUAAGCUGCAGAAAUGGGCCAAGGAGCGAGCGGUGGCCGAUGCGUUCCAGAGAGUUCUGCUCGUUGUUUUGGGAAAUGGGAAGGUAGCUGUUGAGUGCCGACCCGAUCCAGACGCCAUUGUACCGGACGACGAAACAAAUGGAAUCAUCCAGGUGGCUGACAUUUCUUGGAGUGAGUUUGAUCCAGAAGAUGAUGACGAUGAACUUCUAGCUGAUAUAACCCUAAACCUGACGUCUGAAUCAUGAUGUGGCUCAUUGGUUUCUCCCUUCGGAAAGCACGGCCUCGUUUCCUUCACUCAUCUCGGUGACAUUACGUGUUGGGUUCAGGGCCCCCAUAAGGACGUUGGGAGCCUGAAGAAAACCUGCAGCGUCACAUACAGCAAUACAUCCUGGACAGGACACCAGUCCAUCACGGACAUCAUCAAUAAAUAAAAAUAAACUUAAUAAUACAUGGCUUGGAAUAAUCAAAUUGCUUCAUAGUACUGCGCAGAAAAGACCCCCGGUGACCCCCAGAGGUGCUUCUUGGCCCAUCCGUGAUGGAAUGAGCCUCCAAUACAGCACCUGGUUUACCAGUUUGCUAACAUCCUCUUUUCUACAACCGCUCCCAGUAUGCCCAGGGGUCGCCCGGUGAUGGCACGGGCUUUCCUGAUAAGUUUGUACAGCCAUCGUGUUUCUUCUGUGCUCAGGCUGCUUCUCCAGCGUAGACCACCACAUUGGCCAGUAUGCCCUGGUUGAACAUUUCCAGCAGCUUACUGCACACAUCACAAGAUCUGAGUCUCCUUAUGAAGUCCAGGCUGCUCCGACCCUCCUUGUACUGUCAGACCAGGCCAGGAUGCUCUGUACCAGUUCCACGUCCUCAGUUCCCCCCUGGAUGGCGGCUGCUCCGAGGGGACUCCUCUACAAGCCUCAAGCCCACCACCUGCUGCUGUUGAGUUGCAAGUUGUUAUCCCUGCACCUCAAGACGGAGUUCUUUAUGACUUUCCUGCCUCCGGACUCGUGUCCAUCAUUAAGGCAGCCCGUGCUGGGCGAGUCAUCCGAGCGCGUUAACCGUUGACAGAACAAACGCUUGCCGACUUUUGCGGGCCUUGCGUUUUUGUUCUUUUUCUUGUAGGGUGGGAUAUACAAUGGGUCGACCCCUUCUCGAAUUUCUCUCUAGAUAUCUGAAGCUUUUAAAAGAUUCACUUCUUGUGAUGCAACUAUGUCUGAAGUGUUCAUAUUUUAUUUGAAUAAAAGAGGAAACGAGAAUGCUUA